UAGAAAAUGAGAACAUUAAGACUUCUUUUUGAAAAAAAUAAAAUGCUAGAAAAAUAAAAUGGCUCACUUGCCGCAGAGACUCUACUCUGCAGCUAGGCCAGAGUUUCAAUAUCCGGGAAGGUCUGGCCAAGGAACAGAUCGACGAUGGAAGCUUUCGUGGAGCCGCUUCCCGGUGAUCGUACGGUGCGCAUCGACUGAGUCGUUAACGAGUUUGACUCAGAAUGCGGCGGAGAUAGAGUUGAAGUAUUUGGUGAGUCAACACGGAUGGGGCGUGAGGAGGUUGAGGAGAGACGACGAAGACGAGUUGAGGAGAGUGGCUCUGGUUCAGGCCGAAGCUUUUCACAUCCCUCUCGCUCUUUUUAAUGACUUUUUCUUUAUGUUUUUUCAGGCAGAAGUUUUGUCAGCGCUUCUCUACAAACUAAAGAACUCAUCUCCUGACAGAUAUGCAUGUCUUGUGGCUGAGCAAACAAACGAAGCUGAAAAAUCUUCAAGCUCAAGUGUUGUCGGAGUAGUUGACAUCACAGUUCAAACGGAAAACUCAGUUCUCCGUCAUUUUCCCGGCGACGAAGAAUAUCUUUACGUCUCCGGCUUAGCUGUCUCCAAAGCUCAAAGGAGAAAGAAGAUGGCAAGUACAUUGCUAAAGGCAUGUGAUGUUAUAUGCUACUUGUGGGGUGUCAAGCUUCUUGCUUUAAGAGCUUACGAAGACGACGCAGCCGCUCGGAACCUCUACUCAAACGCUGGUUACAGCGUUAUCGAGUCUGAUCCACCGUGGACCUCUACUUGGAUAGGAAGAAAACGCCGUGUUCUCAUGACCAAACGCUUUUCUUAGUCGUUUUCGGUUUAUAUAUUUCUUGAUGUAUAUUUGCUUAGCCAUGAUAGGGAUUUAAUAAAAUAACUUGGACCGAGCAAUACAGAGCCGGUAACUGAAAACUAGAAAUUUAGUUUUAGACCA